CAUCAUGUUGUCAUGUUUUGCAGGUGUCUCUGGACCAGUACCACACAGAAGAGGAGAUCUACCAGCUGUCUCUACAGAAAGAGCCACGCAGCACUAAACCGGCGAACUCCGGCUCCUCCCCUGCGCCUGCCCCCCAGCCAACGAUGAUUGACGAGUGGGCUGCGUCGGUGAAGCCCAAAGCCGACCCUGCGGUCAUCAACAAACACAUAGAGAAGAUGGUGGAUUCUGUCUUCAAGAACUUUGACACUGACGGGGACGGUCACAUCUCCAGGGAGGAGUUUGAGAUCAUCAGGAACAACUUCCCAUACCUCAGCAAGUUUGGAGAACUGGACAAAAACCAAGAUGGGCAGAUCAGCCGGGAAGAGAUGAUCGACUACUUCAUGAAGGCCAGUUCUCUGCUCAACUGUAAGAUUGGCUUCAUCCACACCUUCACAGAGGCCACCUACGUCAAACCCACCUUCUGUGAACACUGCGCUGGCUUUGUGAGUAUCUUAUCCACUGGUCAGUUAUUUAUUUAUUUUUUAUUUCAGCUUUAUUUAACCAGGUAG